AUGAGUGAUUUCAGUAUCUCAGGUCAAGGUACAUCAGGUACUACAUUCUGGGUACACAUCCAAUUUAUAUGGGUCCGCGACGUCGGAAAAUCCGACAUGGAACUCCUCCAACAUGCUCGACAAUGUAUCGAGAACGGUGAAGUCUGGCUGAGUCUGACAUCUAUAGGUGGACGAAGCUUCAAGAUAACCGACCAACCUAUCCUCUCGAUUGAAGUCCAGGGUCCUUUUUAUGAGACUUGGCAGUGGAAGAAGUCCGCUGAUGAGCUCUUGGUGCGCUGGGGUGAGAAUCUGAAGCGUGGUUUGGCGGCUCCUUGGUCUCGAUUUGACCUGUUUCUUGGAGAAAGGUCUUCGUUUAAUCAUGCUAGAGUUGGGAUUGAUUCUUUGGGGUAUUUUGCUUAG